GAAGAUGGAGAGAUGAUGGAGAGAAGAGAUGGAGGAGAGACGAGAAGAUAAGGUCCGCUCAUCUCACGUCCACAUGAACAAAACAGUCACAUCCGGUUCCUGAACAGCAGCAGUGUGUGUGUGUGUAGCAGCAGUGUGUGUGUGUGUAGCAGCAGCGUCAUGUUGGCCAGGAAGGGCCUCCUGCCGGACGGCUUCUUGCUGACCCGUCUGGCCGAGGACCAGAACCAGCCGAACCGCAGCCGGUCUCGAUCUCAGCGAGCUCGCUUCAUCACAAAGACCGGGUCGUGCAACGUGGCCCACAAGAACAUCAUGGAGCAGGGUCGGUUCCUGCAGGACGUCUUCACCACCAUGGUGGACCUGAAGUGGCAGCACUCCCUGCUCAUCUUCACCUCAGCCUUCCUCUGCUCCUGGAUGCUCUUCGCUAUGAUCUGGUGGCUCCUGGCCUUUGCCCAUGGAGACCUGGAGCCUCGUGACCCUGACGGCAAGCCGGGCCCUGUCCCCUGCGUCACUGCCAUCCACUCCUUCACCUCGGCCUUCCUCUUCUCCAUAGAAGUCCAGGUGACCAUCGGCUUCGGCGGCAGGAUGGUGACGGAGGAGUGUCCCUUGGCCAUCACUGUGUUGAUCAUCCAGAACAUCCUGGGGCUCAUCGUCAACGCCGUUAUGCUCGGCUGCGUCUUCAUGAAGACGGCUCAGGCCAACCGCCGCGCAGAGACACUCAUCUUCUCCAGGAACGCCGUCAUCGCUCCUCGCAACGGUCGGCCGACCUUCAUGUUCAGAGUCGGAGACCUGAGGAAAAGUAUGAUCAUCUCUGCCACUGUCCAGCUGCAGGUGAUCCGGCGGACGGUCACGGCGGAGGGCGAGGUGAUCCCGGUGUGUCAGCUGGACAUCCAGGUGGAGAACCCUCUGAGGAGCAACGGCAUCUUCCUGGUUUCUCCUCUGAUCAUCAGCCACACCAUGGAGAGAGGGAGCCCCCUGUACGAGCUCUCCGCCCAGUCGCUGGCGGCCGAGGACCUGGAGAUCAUCGUCAUCCUUGAAGGCGUAGUGGAGACCACAGGGAUCACCAUGCAGGCCCGCACCUCCUACACCCCCGAGGAGAUCCUGUGGGGGAGGCGCUUCGUCUCCAUCAUAACGGAGGAGGACGGUCGCCACUGCGUCGACUACUCCAAGUUCGGCAACACGGUUCCCGUCCGGAUGUCGUCUCUCAGCGCCAAGGAGCUGGACCAGACCAGAGGCGUCCAGGAGGGGGGGUCCGAGGCGCAGCUGCAGGGGUGGGGGUUGGUCCGAGCCGGCAGAGGAGGUUUCCGCCGAGGAGGCAGGACCUGCGACAGCUCCGCCCCUCAGCCCUGGUAUGCCCAAUCAGAGAAACUGGAGAGAGUGGCGGAGCAGAAGGGACAGAAGAAGACGAUGCAGCUGGAGGUCAUUGGACGACAGAUGGAAGAGGACGGACUGGGAGACAUGAGUGACUGAGACCAGGACAACAUGUCAACAACAUCUGAUCGACUCUGACGCCCUGAGUCCACUGAGGAGCAUUAAAGAUAUACAAUAAAUACACUAUACAUAUACGAUGAAUAUAAGAUAUAUACACGAAAAAUAUACGAUUAUCUAAUUGGAUUUUAUUUGAUUAAGUUAUUUUGUCCUAAAUAUGAUGAAAACUCCACAGAUCAAAGACGACGCUGAUUAAACUUCGGGAUGAGACGUAAAGUCAAGUUGUUGUUGUGUUUCCUCCUUUGAUAUAAUUUCAUGUAAACUGUAAAACCUAUUGAGGAGUAAUGAUGAAUAUUAUCAAUAGUGUAUGAAAAUAUUAGUAUCAGACCAGUGAGUCACUCAUUAUUUUCAUGUUGUGAAUAGUCUGUCUGACAGUUUAUUUAUCAGGUUUAAUAAAACAAUUUUUUGUACUUUUCUUUAUAUAUUUAUAUGUAUAUUUCAUUUUCCUCCAAGAACAAGAAG